UCUUGACCUGCCACCGUUGUCUUUUUAAGUGUAUUUAAAUUAAAUAAAUGUAGAUUUAUAUUUUAAAAUUCAAGUUACUUUUUUUUUAAAAUUCGUAUUCUCCUGAAAUCAUUUUACAAAUGGAUGGAAGUGUCAAGCUGGUAUCCUCAUGUUCCAUCUGUUAGUCUCUUGUACUCUGGGAAUUUCCUGUGCUUCCAAUAUUUCAACGAGCCAACAAAAGUUCCAGUGUUCUAAAGAAAUCUCGGAAAACUAUACAGAAAACAUGGAGGGGAACAUAUUUCUGAUAGAUCUGAAUGGUUCUGAAGAUUAUGGCAUGGUAAGCGGUAAUGAUAAGAACAACAAUGACCUGCCAGGUUUGUGUUUGAUAGCUAAGGUCAGGCAAAGUUCAGAAACAAACUUUACCAAUUCCCUUAGUUGCGAAUUAGUCGCCUUAGAAAUUUACCCCAGAAUUCCUUUCCACGUGAUAGAACCUGCUCAAGAAUCCGCUAACAUAGCUUGCUAAAUGAUUUAUAUACCUUACUAAACGGAAGUUGUAAAUACAAUUACAUGGUUAAUUUACGAAAAAUUUGCGACUUAAUUUUGUAUCAUUACCAAUAAUAAUAAUAAUAAUAAUAAUAAUAAAAAUGUUAAUGUAA